GGUUCCAUGCGGCGGGAGGGCUGAGGCGCGUGCGCACUGACCCCCUGUCCCGUCCCGCUCGGUGCCGCCAUGUCUCGGUACGCCCGUCCGCCCAAUAGUUCCCUCUUCGUUAGGAAUGUGGGCGACUGCACCAGGCCUGAGGAUUUACGUCGUGAAUUUGGUCGCUAUGGCCCAAUAGUAGAUGUUUACGUUCCCCUUGACUUCUACACUCGACGUCCAAGAGGAUUUGCAUAUAUACAGUUUGAAGAUGUUCGUGAUGCAGAAGAUGCACUCCACAACCUGGACAGAAAGUGGGUGUGUGGCCGGCAAAUUGAGAUCCAGUUUGCCCAAGGUGAUCGAAAAACACCUGGUCAGAUGAAGUCAAAGGAACGAAGGUCCUCGCGAAGCUCACCUCGCUAUGAUCGUUACGAUGACUAUGAUCGGAGGAGGAGGUCCAGAAGUCGCAGCUAUGACCGGAGGAGGUCACGAAGUCGUUCAUAUGAUCGCAGUCACAGGAGGUCUGACAGCCCGAAAAACUCACGGAGCAGAUCCAGUGGAAAGCGCAGACGCAGCCGCAGUAACUCCUUCAAUGACAGGCAUAGACGUCGGCACCGUUCUUACACCAGAUCAAGAUCCAGGUCGAGGUCAAGAUCUAGAUCACGAUCCAGGUCUAAAUCAGUAUCAAGAUCAAAAUCAGCAUCCAGAAAGGAAUCGAAGACACGAUCACAAUCAAGAUCAUGUACCCACUCGAGAUCGGGGUCUAGGUCUAAAUCCAGGUCGCUGAGUGCCCACAAGUCUGACAGUCACCAUGAAGACUAAAACAGUGGAAUGGCAUCCAUUUUCAGCUUCCAUUUGUGCUUCUUUUUUUCUUUUUCUUUUUUCUGGGGGGGGAGGGGGUCUUGUAGAUGUUAAGAGAAGGUGGGUACUGUUUUAUGACUACAAGAAAAUCUAGUGUGAAAGACUAAUUUGUUGGUGCUUGAAAGAUUUCAGCCGCGAUUUUAAACCGAAUGGUGCAGUAACUACAACUAGUUAAUUAACGUCCCGUUAACAUUGGUAUUAUUCAUUAGUUCAUUGAAACUCUUUCACAAUUUUGCUUUUAGGCAAUUUUAGAGUUUGAUCAAUGACUAUGCUGUGUUACUGUUGUUUUUUUUUAAAUAAAGCAGUGCCCUCUAUACUGUGCAACGAAACAUACUAAAUUGUUUUUGCAGUUAAUAUUCAAUUGGAUUAAUAAAACUGCUGGUACAAAUCAAACUGUGUGAAUUAGAAAUUUGUAAAGGCUGUUAACAAGUCACGAACAGUGCUGUAUUCAUUAACAUAAUGAGAAUUUUAUUAUAUCUUUCAGUUUGUUGCCUGAAGUUCAAUUUCAGGAAUCACUUUGCUUGACUGAUCACUUUAAGCACAAUCAGAAAGUUCCAGCAAUUUGCUGUCCAGACUCUUGUUCCGUUUGUGUGCAUUGAUGCAAUGCAGUGAUCGGGCAUGCUUCCUGUAAUAUUGAUUUGUGUAUUUUGCAUGACUGCUUUUUGUUUCAUUCUUGGCUGUAAAGAUAAUUUGCUAACAUUGUUGCAGAAACUACAUUUAUUUGAAUGUAAGAAAAAUACAGAAACUGGAGAAUUUAGGCUUACUGAACAGCUGAGAAAGUGAUCAAAAAACUUAUUUUCUUUCAUGUAGAAGCUUGUAAAAAAAGGGAUUUUUAUACUGUCUUUUUAAUAAAAGCCGUUUGUAACAGUUCAUCUAUAGUAUAAAUGUUUUCAGUUAAGCUUUAAAAUACCAAGUUGUGUAGCUUUUUGCAUGGAUAGAAAGAUGUGACAUUUUAAAUGGUAUUGAUCUUUCAGGGCGUGUUGCUUUGAAGUACAAGUAACAGUCGUAUAAUCUAAAGAAUUUGCAUUUGGGGCCCGAGAAGUCACAUUUACCCAUUCACAUUGGGAGAAACAAAACUGGGUGAAAUUUGGCGUAAGUGGCCUGAUCAGCUGCCGUAACUUGUAGAUGGAUCAAAUUGGGGCUCUACAACUACAAGUUGCUGGUUAUCCUUUUAAUUUGUGCCACUUUAGGAUCUGGCCAGGAUAUAUUCAGACUGCCUUGCCUUUUGAGGCCUGGUUUGAUUCCUGGCUUGACUUAACCAGAUUUUUGUGCUUGUGAAGACCACAAAUACAGGCUAUACUUUUCAUUACUUUUUUAGAGUUUGGUUUAAGAUAUGCAGUACAAAAACUCUCCUUGCAAACUUAACACAGGUUCAGAAUUGAAGCUAACGACAUCUUGAGUUUUGGGGACAACUUGUGUAAGUUGUACUCAUUCUUUUUGUUCAUAGCUGACUGUAACUUCAUUUGUAAAUAAACCUCUGCUGUAUAAUAAAGCA